UGCAUACGAAUAGAAGUAUUGGCGCGAUACUUCGCAUGGACGAUAAUUCCGGAGCGGCAGGAUGAAUGCCUUUCGAUCAACUUCAUGCAUUGGAGAAUAAAAAAAGAUGGAGGAUGAUAUAGAUAUUUAUGAAGAUUUACCGAGUUUCAAUACGAAGUUUGACGAAACUUCCGUACCCGAAAUAAGCACACAGGAAAAUAUUACGCGCGAAUACGCAGAAUUAAAGAAACACGUUGCUGAACUUACAAUAAAGUUAGAAGAUUUUCGAAAGGUUAACGAAAAUUUGGAGACCAAUUUGUCGUCGUUAUUGAAGACUGCAAAAGCAGAAAUUGCACGAAAGGACAAGAUGAUCGAUGAUUUGAGAAGAAAGGUUGACGAUUUUACAUUCAGGAAGGGCGCGUAUAUCAAAACGAAUGAUCACAUUAUCCGUAAAUCGACAUUUCGUGACAUCAAUGCAGGCACUCGUUGCAAGCCCGCCAAGACUUCUUUACCAUUGAAUCAAGAUAAUCAUGCAUUGUUCGAAACAGAUGUAUCAUAUAAUCUACCCAAAGAUUGUAAUAUAACCGCACCCACUUUAAAGCCCCUCACAGUGUUUGGCGAACGACUGCGUAAAAGAAUGGUGGAAGAGCAGAAUUUGGAAAGAAUAGAUAAACAAACGAGCAUAUUCAGUAACAAUAAUAAUGUUGUGUCCACUGAAGGAUACGUAACUGAAAGUGAUAAAGAAAAUGGUUCUCUACGCAAGAUUAAUUCCCCCAUUCCAAGAGAACUGCAGUCUCCCACUCUAAAGCAAUAUUCUGAGGAUGAACAUUACACUGCUACAAAUUUUCCAUGUGACAAUAGAAAUUACACGGGUAAGAGAAGAAUCGAUGAAAUUGUUAACGAGAAUGGAAGGGUGGGUGCGAAACGCAUUAAAUCCGAUAGUGAGGAAUAUAUACCAGAGUCAAAAGAUGUAGAUACUCGUAAAGAUACUAUUGACAUGUCCAAUGAAAAGCGUGAUUUCACGAACAAUAACAAAUUUGAGUCUUUCAAUAAAUCUUGUGCGUUGCGACGUACUGCACAUUCAGAUGGAGAACAUGUUUACAAUUCUAGUAUAAAAAGUGAGAAACGUAGCCGUCGUCCCAUUGAUCCAAUUAAGAACGGUGAAAGAAGAAGUACAAAGGACGAAAACGAUGCAUUUUACAAUAAAAAGCAACUUAACGAAUAUUUCUCAAAACGACAUUACGAGCCGACCGGAAGCUCAACGUGUACAUUAGAUGAUAGGAAUGCAAGCCAUCGCAGCUCCGAGGUAUCGAGGAAAGACGAUUAUCGGAUUAGCAGUAUUGAAUAUCAUCGAAUCAAGCAAAAAGAGGAUCGCCGUGUCAAUGAAACGAAGGAUCAUCGAUCACGUGGAAAUAAAUCUUCGUACUCCAAAUACCGGGAGGAAAAGUACGCCAGAGACAAAUGCAACAAGUACACCGAUCACGGGGAAAAAAUAGAGAAGCGUUACGAUUGCGUGGACAAAUCGAAAGCAAUGAAGAAAGAAUGGUACGAUUCUCGUGUCUCAGCCAAACGUUCCACGACUGAGCGGAACACAGACAACGCAUACAUCAGCGAUCGGUACGACAAUUAUGAAUCUCGAAGAUUUAAGCCUGUGGAUAAAUUAACGAAACGGGGCGACAAGAGGUUAGACGAGUCCAAUGUGUACUCGUCACAUCGAAACUCUAUCACAGAAAAACUCACCGAACGUACGCGUCAUUUGGAAACCUCAAAACGCGGAAGGAGCGCUGAAACUAACAACUGCUUGAAGAAAAUCGACCGACUAGUGGAUCAACGCGAAUUCACGGAAAACGAAAACCCCUCGAAAGUGUAUCGUGAAUUACGGAAACGCCAGAAACAAGAUUCGAAAAAGAUCGAGGAAGGAGACGAUACAAUUAGCAGCAAUAAUAACAUAAACAAGAAACGCGGAAGAUCAAAAGAUUCUCGGAGGAGCAUCGAUGAAGCAGCAUCCUCCGUUUCGCUUGAUAUAGCAAACAAGAACUCGGAAAUUGACGAAAGUGUCAAAACUGAAUCGGUUCAUGAAUUACAGCCACUUUAUAGCGAUGUUUUACAACAGGUCACGGUUGUUACAUCGUUGGGCGAACAGUGUCAUGAAAACAUUGAGAAUAUCGAGGACAUCGAGAAUGUCGAAAAUGUCGAGAAUAUCCCGAAUGUCGAGAAUGUCGUGAAUAUCCAGAAUGUUGAGAAUAUCCAGAUUGUCGAGAAUAUUGCGAAUAUUGAAAACAGCGAAAAUACGGAAAACGUAGAAAAUAUAGAAAAAUUCAUUCGUGAUUACGCCCCUGGCAGUGAAGAUCUAGACAAAGAUCUAGAGAAAAAACACAUCUUCGCCGGUACAAAGGUACACACAUCAGUAAAUGAUGAUUUUACGUACAAAAUUACACUCGAGGAGCCUAGCUCGACGAACUUCACCGAAUCGAAUGUGGAGAAAUCUUUGCCACUUGAAGUACAUCAUGCAGAUAAAAAGGUGGACACAGUAGUCGAAUUGAGGGAUGCGUUUCAACAAGUUCCCAAAGAUUCUGUCGGGAACGAUUGUAUCGAAAAUCAAACAGUGACAACAGCCGUGGAAAAUACGAACGGCUUUGCGGUGCAGAGUAAUUGUGCAUUGCACACUGACGUCAGUGUAUUAGAAAAUAAUUUCUUGAUUGAUCUCGCAAUCGCUAAAACAUCGGUUAGCUUGAGAACGGAAGGUCUUUUAGGAAGUACCCAGUCAGAUAAUACUCCUCAAAGUGAUGCCAUCCAGUCUGGGGAAAAAGAAAGUAACGGUAACGAUGAAAACUUUAGUGUAAGCACUUCCAAAGAUUCAGAUGGUGAUAAGACUAAUGGUAGGUGUAACCACAAUAAUUACAAUAAGAGUAAUAGCGACGACAUCGACGGCAAAACUAUUAGUAAUGACUGUAAGAUCGCUAGUGAAGAAGAGAAGGUGAAAGAAAACAAUGUUAAAGGCAAUUUAGAUCAGAAAACAGGGGAUGAGAACGAAUUUGGUAAAGGUACGGUAAGAGAACAGAAAUUACUAAAUGAGUCAAUUAGGUCGGCGGAUAAAGUGAAUAGUACGAACGGAAAGGCCACGUCUGUGAACGUUCAGGGCAAAAUAAUUAUGUUUGCACGACGACGCAGGAAACCCGUGUGCUUAGCAAACAGUAACGCGGACAUGACUGUUCUUAUAAAUAAUAAUCGCAGUGUUAAUAAUAGCUGACCAGACGUUAGUUACAAAAUGGAAUGGAAUUCUGUAAUGUAAAUAUAAUAAUGUAAAAAUGUGUGCAGGCGACCGUGAUGAACGCCGCUCUAUACUGGUUCGUUGAUGCAGGAGGAGGGCGCGCGUCAAUGUUAUUAUGUUUCUACGAGAACAGCAAUAA